CUCUUGGAAGAAACAUUAAGAUCGAUCGACUUUUCAUUUUUGAGAAUCUGAAAAUUAACCAACAUGAAUAAACAGAAUAGUCCUCGAUCUAAACCCAUUAACAUCCGCCGUCUGAAGUUAGAAGACCCACCGGACAUGCCAUCACCACAUCCGCCGUCUGAUUCUCCUUUACGAAGGAUGGCACCACUCUCUCCUCUAAGGGAACGGCCUAAUUCUCCUUUUCCGUCACCACCUUCGUCUCCAUCGCCACCAAGCUCUCCUCUAAGCUCACAACCUAACUCUCCUCUAAGCUCACAACCUAACUCUCCUCGGCCACUGCUUCAACCACUUAUUUCGCAACCAUCAUCACCACCCACUCCGCAAUCACCGCCACCCCCUCCAAAAAAACAAUUCGUCAGCAACUUCGUACGCGGCUUAAUCAUAAUCGAUGUGCUCGGUGUAUGCUUUGCACUGGCGUGGUAUAUUUUUCGUAGGUCAUGGAACUCAUGAUCACUGGUUGGAUUGGUUUAGCAAUUUCAAGCACAUGUCACAUGAGACCGAUGUGGAAUAUGGUCAUGUUUUUAGAAUUGAUGUUUUGAUUUUCCUAGUUAAUUAGUAGAUUGAAGAGGUGUUACAUGAACAUAGACAUAUUAUAGAUAGUUCAUGUUGACGAAGUAUAUGACAUAUAUAGAUUGAGGAGGUACACGAUAUAUGGAUGCUGACUAGUGACUGUGAUAUGGUAUAAUA